CGGAGAAGUGCAUAAAGCAAACUUCUUCAAGAGAGCACAAGAAUAUCUCUUAAAGACAUCUCCAUCACCUUGGACCUUCACCAAGAGCAGGCCUAGGAUCAUCCAAAGAAGGAGAUUCAUUUUUCAAAAUCAUUAUUGUUAGAGAUCGAUUCUGUUCAUCUUUUUCGUCGUUGGUGUCUCGAUGGGCUGCGCUACCCAGGCAGGUGCAAUCGUGUUGUUAGGCCAGGCAAUUUCCGUCCUUCUGGUGUUUCAGGUGGUUCACUUCUUCAUAAAGAGGAUCGGGCAACCUCGAGUUAUCUCAGAGAUUUUGACGGGUAUGCUGGUUGGGACGGUGCUAAGCAGGAUUGGGCCUCUGGGUGGUGAAUUCGAGGGUGCCUCACGGGAGGUUCUGGGCGGCGUCGCCAAGAUAGGGCGCACCUUGUACAUGUUUAUGAUUGGGUUGGAGCUGGAACCGGCGUUCCUGUUGCAGAGCAGCAAAAGGGCGUCGCUAAUCAUGGUCAGCACCCUCUGCGUCUCCACGGUUAUCAGCCUCGCCUUCACGCCGUUGGUGAUGGACACAUUGCAAACGAAGAUGGGCUACUCUCGCUUCGUCUUCCUCUUUACUGUCAUCAUCGCCGGCACCAGCGCCCCCACGGCCGUCAGGGCUGCAGCUGAGCUGAAGCUCGCCACGACAGACAUUGGCCGCCUGGCCAUCACCACUUCCAUCCUCAGCGACAUGGUCGUGCUCUUACUCGUCGGCAUCAACCCCGGGCCGUCAUUAGUCGUGUUUUCGGAUAUCGUACACGACACUUGCUUGCUCGCCAUCAGCCUGAUUUCUACACUGUACGUCUGUCGUCCGGUGCUCACGUGGUUGAACAGGCGGAACCACGGUAGGGAAAUAAACAACUUCCAGUUUGGCGUCCUCAUCGUGGGGCUUCUGUGCCUGACGAUGGGUGGGAGCGAGGGAUCAAGCGAAGAAAUCUUCUUUGCCUUAUUUAUGGGGCUGGCAUUCCCGAAGACCGGCAAGCUGGGGAGGUCGGUGGUGAGGCGGAUGCGGUCACCGGUGCACGAGCUCCUGCUGCCGCUGCUCUUUGCUUACGGGUCGAUGCAGGCGGACGUGAGGAAUAUGCGUGGGAGGGACGUGGGGCUGGUGUUCGCCACCGUCGUGCUGUCACUGGUGGGGAAGAUAUUGGGAACCACCUGUGUCUGCAGGCUGCUCGGCAUUCCAUGGGCACAGACCACCGUUAUGGGACUCCUGCUCAACGUCAAAGGUCAGGUGGAUCUCAUCAUUCUCAGCCGAACCGUCAGCAACGACAAAGCAGAGCAGGAGGUACUCCUAGUGGCGAUAAUCAGCGCCAUUAUCAACACAGUGAUCACACCCCCUAUGGUGAUGGCAAUUGUGAAGUUCGAGCGGCAGAGCAUCACCGGAUACAAGGCGGUGGGUCUCCAGCUGCUGCCGCCAGAGUCCGAGCUGCGCAUGCUCACGGCCGCCCACAUGACCGCCUCCCUCCCUUCCCUCCUUAGCCUCGUGGAGGGCAUUCGCGGCCCCUUCGCCUCCCCCACCUCCGUGUACUUCAUGCAGCUCAUCGAGCUCACCGACUCUAAUGCUUCUACGCUCCUGCAAGCCGAGCGCGAGAAGCCCUCCUCCCUCAGAGGUAGGCCCGUCAGUUUGGAUCCCGCAGAUUCAUCAGUCAAUGCCGCCGCCGCUGCUGCCAUUGCCGACGACGAAGAAGAUGAGAACUCAGGCACGACCUUGGCCUCAGAGACGAGGCAGAUCGGGAUAGCGCUAAACAGCUUCAAGCAGGCAACGGGCAUCUCCAUCCGCCAUGUCAAGGCCAUCUCCGGCUUCUCUAACAUGCACGAAGACAUCUGCAACGGUGCCGAAGACCUCCGCGCUUCCCUCAUCAUCAUACCGUUCCACAAGCAGCAGAUGGUCGACGGUGGAAUGGAGACCGUCAACGAAGGCCACCGCUCGGUGAACGAGAAGGUGCUUCGCCACGCCCGGUGCACCGUCGGUAUACUAAUAGACCGCGGUCUGGGGCUGGCAGCCCAGGCUCCGGUGGCGCCUGGGCUGCUCUACCAAGUGGGAGUCCUCUUCUUCGGCGGGCCCGACGACCGUGAGGCCCUGGCCUAUGCAGCUCGGAUGCUGGACCACCCAGGCGUGAACCUGACGGUGGUGAGAUUUCUACCCAGCAAUGACGAAGACUACGGGAAGGCCCUCGAGAUGCAGGCAGCGAUCGAGAACAAGGUGCUGACGAAAAUCAGAGAGCAUGAGAGAGAGAGAGCGGACGACAAUAACUACGUUGCGAAAUUUUACACGCGCUACGUCGCAGCCGGCUCGGUCACUUACCUGGAAAAAUAUGUCGCCAACUGCGUGGAGACGGCGAACGCGAUGGACGAGCUGCAGGGUACGUACCACCUCCUGGUGGUUGGGAAGGGGAGCAGCGAGGGGACGCCUCUGACGGCGGGGAUGGCAGAUUGGGUUGAAUGCCCCGAGCUAGGCCACAUUGGCGACCUGCUGGCGUCGACGGACUUCGGCUACCCAGGCUCGGUGUUGGUAGUCCAGCAGUGUAGGAACAACGAGAACGCGGAAGAGGAAGACGAUUUUGCUUAGAGAACAGACAAAAAAAUUGAGCUUGAGCUUGUCAUCUCAGCUCGUUUCUUGAGCAUUCUUCGGUGGUUCGGCAUCUGGGAUCAUUGGUGGCAGAAGCUCGUUCGGGCUGCAAAUGCUGCAGGGCGCAGGUCAUUGAAAGAUGAGACAGACUCUGGGUGUUCCACCAGCACCAGAACUUGUCUGAAAACUGAUGGCGCCACAAAAGAUAUCACGAAGAAUGGCAAAUAGCUUCCUCUUGUGUAUUAUUUACGGAAGC